AUGGCAGGGGUAGAUGUCAUUGUGGACAAGCUGGUGACACUUUGGAGGAUACCAGCCGUCAGACAAAACUUCCCCUGGAUAUUUUUACUUAUUUCAGUCUCUGGAUCAGUGCUGAAACAUCUGGAGCUCAUCCCGCCGUCUUAUUUCAGCAGCAGCAGAAAUGCAUUGAACGUGUACUUUGUCAAGUUGUCCUGGGGUUGGACCUUGCUGCUGCUGACUCCCUUCCUCCUCCUCUCCAACUCCUCCUUCAACAGGAGCGUGUCCUUCCUCGGCCGGCGGCUGCUGUCUCUGGUGGUGGCCACCGCCGUGUGGUACGUCUGCACCGAGACCUUCUUCUACAUCGAGGACAUAACCGGCUCCUGUUUUACACUCGACACCUCGGAGCUCGUCGAGGGCUUCGCUAACAAAGCCACCUGCAGGAGAGCCGGCCACCACUGGGAUGGCUACGACAUCUCGGGGCACUCCUUCAUCCUGGCCUACUCCGCUCUCUUCAUCAUGGAGGAAACGGCGCCGAUGGCCUCCCUGAAGACAGCCAGCCUGUCUUCUCUGCCGAGGAUGGUGCUCAACAUUCUGUACGUGGCUCUGAAUCUCAUAGUGAUUAUUUGGGUGUGGAUGUUUGCCUGCACCUCUGUUUACUUCCACGACAUGUCUCACAAGCUGCUCGGGACCAUAUGCGCCCUCUCCGGGUGGUAUCUGACAUAUCGGGUUUGGUAUCCAAGCCCUUUGUCUCCUGGACUCCCCCCUCUCCGCCAGCCAAAAGAACAGAAACAACACGCUUAGACUGCGGUCAUACUUUCCAACACACGACAUUUACCCGCCAAUGUUGCAGCCGUCCGUCCCUCCGCCAAAAAAACACAACACAACACACUACACUUAUGUUGCUUAUGUGUCUCCGGAUCCAAGCCGAGGCCACGCUAUUUAAAGUUAUUCCCUCCUUGCAGGAAAGGUCAAAUUGUUUCAGGAUAAGUGGCUCGCAGUUCCUCCGCUCUGUGUUUGUCAGCUGCCGUUCCCAAAAUGACUCGUGGGUAAUCUGAGAUAAAAGCAAAACGCUGCUCUGCUGUCCGGCUUUGCGGCUCCCUCUCUCUCUCUCAUGCUACACCAAUUGUUUGUCUCACAGUUUGUUGCCUUAAUAAUAUUUCAUUUGGAUGAGUAAUCACAGUUUUUAGAUGUGAGCGGGAAUACUUUGAGAAUGUUUACAGCUCCUGUCGUGUAGCACUGAUGAUGAUGAUGAUGAUGAUGACCAAUGUACAGCAGCUAUACUCUUUGUUUUUUUAAAGAGAAAACUACCUUUUAGAACAAAGUCAGAACUGACACUAUAACUGCAGCGGACCUACGUUUCACCCUGUAUGUUGGAUUUUAGGAUUUUAAUAAGUUGUCUAUUUAUAAUCACAUGUGGUUUGGUGACUGUACAGCAACAUAGGAAGUUUUAAAAUUUGAUUAAGAAUAGUAAUUAUAUAUAUCAUUUUUAAUCUCUCGUGAUAAAUGCACUCCAGUAGUAGGAGAGCACUGCGAAUGGAUAUUAGUAGUAUUAUUACUGUUGUUAAGAGUGCCUAAUAAGACAAACCUGGACAUAUUCAACACUCACCCUGUGAAAAGACCAGAACUGGACUGACUGUUUUUAAGGCUGCUUUCAGAUGUAUGGGAUCAUCCAUCAUCUGACACCCAAACAUAUUCAACAAGCAACACAUUCAGUCUUUAAAUUCACAGAUCUGUUCCUCACACUGGACUUUAUUGGUCAUAUUUCAUGGUCACACUGGUACCUGCAACAAUAUUUCCCUCUUCAAAUCAACGUUUUGGGCUAAAUGGCGACCUGUAAAGUAUUGUAAAGUAUUACUAAAGCCUUUAAUAUAUAUAUAUAGUAGCCUAUUCCUCUGUGACAUAGAGCUAUACUGUUGUCCAAAAAUGAAUAAAAACACAUAAACAUUGGCACUGUGGUUUGCUUUGAGUCAAUCCUACAUACACCGUUUUGCUGAUGCCAUAUAAAUAAGGAGAUUAGGUUAUUUAUCAUUAUCAAUUAAUCAAAAUCAUGUCAGAUAAUGGUGAAAAACAGCAAUAAAGAUUUCUCAAAGCAGAAUAUUCAACCUAAAAUGUCUCAUUUUAUUAUUAGUCCACAAUCCAAAGAUCAGAACAUAGCCACAUUUAAGAGGCUGGAAACAGAUAAUUUAAGCAUUUUUUAAUUAAAAUUGUGACUCAAAAUGAUGAAUUAGUGAUCAAAAUAGUUUAGGCAAUUUUGUGUCGAUCAAUUAAUCGACUUAUCGUUAC